AGCGGCGCUGGGAGAGCCGAGCUGCCGGCGGAAGGACGUCGGAGCGCCGCGACGAGGAAGUCGACCCCUCGGGACUCUGGAGGAUUUCUGGUUCUGGUUUUUUUUCUGUCACGGAUUGGGAGCGAGAAGGUGGAGGAAUAAUAACAAUAACCGUGAUUAUGUGCCUUAUUGGCGGCGGCUCGGUGCGUCCGGAGCGCUGAGGUCCGGGAGCGCAAAGGUGCGCUCUUUCCUUCCUCCUCCCGGUCUCUCCAUACGUGCAGCUGAUGUUAAGGAGCCAUGGACGCCCGCAAGGUGCGGAAACAGCCGCUCAAACCCAAAACGUCCAAGAAAUACAAGCACGGGGGCUUGAAGAGGAGGAAGUCGCUGCGGUCCUUCGGGAAUUUCAUGGAGCGGAUCCUGAAAACUUUGGGCACUUUGGCGCACUUGGGGGACCCGGAGCCGCAGACGCGCAACGAGGACGAGGAUGAUGGAGGUUUCGGGGGCGGCUUCUCGACCCGGGGCCCCUCAGGACGGAGCCCCGGGGCCCGGGACGGACCCGGGCCCCGGGGCUCUGUCCUGAGGGGCCCCGGGGACCAGCAGACCCCCGGCGCGCUGGGGCUCCAGAACCACGGAAACACCUGCUUCAUGAACGCCGUGGUGCAGUGUCUGAGCAACACCGACCUGCUGGCCGAGCACCUGGGCCUGGAGCAGUACAAGGGGGGGGCGGGGGCACCCUGGGGCCCCCGGAGGGACCCCAGGGUGCCCGGGGGCCCCGGGGUCCCCGGGGGCGUCCAGGACGGGGCCCGCGGGGAGGUCACCGAGCAGCUGGCGUCGCUGGUUCGAGCCCUGUGGACGCUGGAGUACACGCCGCAGCUGUCCGUGGACUUCAAGAGCAUCGUGGCCAAAUACGGCUCCCAGUUCCGAGGAAACUCUCAACACGACGCCCUGGAGUUCCUGCUCUGGCUCCUGGACCGAGUUCACGAAGACGCCAAUCAGAGCUCCGACGGCAAGACCAACGCCAAACCCACCGCCAAGGGUCCCGGUUCCUCUGAGAAUCCCUCACAUCCCAGUCCAGCCAGCGCCCAGAACCCUCGCAGCCGGCACAGCUUUGUGCAGGAACUCUUCCAGGCCCAGUACAGGUCUUCACUGACGUGCCCUCAUUGCCUUAAGCAGAGCAACACCUUUGACCCGUUCCUGUGCAUCUCCCUGCCCAUCCCCCUGCGACAAACCAGGCCGCUGUGCGUGACGUUGGUGUUCAGCUCCAAGGGCCAGCGCUACCUGCGCGUGGGGCUCGCCGUGCCGCUGUUCGGGGCCGUGUCCUGUCUGAGGGCCAUGGUGGCGGCGGAGGGCAACAUCUCUGCCGAGCAGGUCGUCCUCACGGAGCUCUACUCCACCGGGUUUCAACGCUCCUUCUGGGAUGACGACGACUUGACCGCCGUUGCCGAGAGCGACGUCGUCUACGCCUUCCAGGCUCCUCCCUUCUCGAGUCGCGGCGGCUCCUCGGCACUCUCAGGGCAUCACCACAGCCUCCCCUCGUCUCCGUACAGCUCCGGGCCUGACGGCCAGCGGCUGCCUCCGUCGGGCCACCUCUCCUCCGAGUUCCUGAACCAGAGCAGCUCCUCCAAGGUCCUGCUGCUCGUCUGCAACACGGCGGGGUCGGGCCAGCAGGCCGUCCGGUUCGGGCCUCCUUUCCUCAUGCGUGAGGACAGGAACCUCUCCUGGGAGCAGCUGCAGCAGAGCAUGCUCAGCAAGUUCUACUAUCUCAUGCUGAGUGGAUCUCAGGUGCAGAAUGCCGGGGUGCUGUUCAAGAUCCGAGUGGUGGGCGGAUCUGCAGCCUACAGCUACCUGUCUCCACACGACAGCCGGCCGCUGCACCACCCGGCGGUUGACAGAGCUUUGAAGUUCUGUGGUCCGGGCGGACCGCCACACGUGAAGCUUGUUAUCGAGUGGGAACACAGCUCCAAGGAAAGCUUGUUCGGCAGCAUCCAGGAGGAGGUGGUGAAGGAUGCCGACAGCGUGAGGACGCAGCAGCAGCAGCACCUGCAGCAGCACAGCUGCACCCUGGACGAGAGCUUCCAGCUCUACACGAAAGAGGAGCAGCUGGCCCCGGACGACGCGUGGAAGUGUCCCCACUGCAAGCAGCUGCAGCAGGGCAUGGUGAAGAUGAGUCUGUGGACGCUGCCGGACAUACUGAUCCUGCACCUCAAGCGCUUCAGACAGGUUGGUGAGCGAAGAAACAAGCUGUCCACCCUGGUGAGGUUCCCCCUCUCUGGUCUGGACAUGGCCCCUCACGUGACCAAGAGGAGUCAGAGCAUGAAGAACCUGCAGCAGGGCUCGUCCCAGCCCUCCAGGAAACAGCACCACCAGCCCGCAGACCUGACCCUGCCCCACGACUACCUGUACGACCUCUACGCCGUGUGCAACCAUCACGGAGGGAUGCACGGAGGACACUACACUGCUUACUGCAGGAACUCGGUGGAUGCCCAGUGGUACAGCUACGACGACAGCAGCGUGGACCUGGUGCCUCAGGAGGAAGUGGUCACCAAAGGAGCUUACAUCCUUUUCUACCAGAGACGCAACAACAUCCCCCCGUGGUCGGCCAGCAGCUCCAUCAGAGGCUCCACAAGUUCCUCCAUGUCGGACCACUGGCUCACCAGGCUGACGGGGGACAGCAAGAGAGGCAGCCUGGUGUCUCGCUCCUCCAGCGCCUUCACCUCCGUAGCCGACCCCCCAGACUCCCCCGUCUUCCAGGAUGAACCCGUCAAAGAGGGGCGAGGGGGCUUUGAGAGCAGACCAUUCGUCAGAGGCGUUAAGGGGCGGAGCAAGAGCAUGAGGGCCCCCAGCAAGGCCAGGGACAGCCUAAGCAAAGUGCUUCCUCUGCGUUGGUCCUUCGGUUCCAAGGACAGACGAAAACCUGAUCAAGUGCCUCCGCCGGCCCAGGAUCCUGCCCCCGUGGAGCUGGGGUGCACAAAGGAACCGAUAGCGGCGCUGAUGAGUGAAUCGCGCGGCAAAAAGGAAGCCGGCGGGGGCCGUGCAGCCGCCGCCGCUACAGGUCGGUCCUCCAGCGCCGGGAGUCUGAGCUGCGUGGGGAAGUCGGCGGAGGAGCCGCCGUAUCCGCAGGUCCCGGAGGGCCAGAGACGGCCCUCGGAGAAGACGGCCAGCCUGAAACGCAACAAGGGAAGUCAAUCGAAGGAGGAGAGCGCGGCGAAUAUCAGCACCAGCUUCAGCAGCAACACCCUCACCAGGAGGAAGGAUGCCAGGAAGCAGAUCUCCUCGAAGUCUUCGCAAGAAACAGAAACCAAACCGAGCUCGGGAACUGCAAUCCAUCCCAGCUUCAGCGCGCCCAGCAUUCAGGGUGGGACUCUGCGGAGACCAAAAGGGGCUAAUAAGGAUCAACAUGGUGCAACUGAUGAAAACCCCAGGAAAGAAGACGUGCAGAAGAGCCACGACGGUCUGUUCUCUUUCCUCAAAGGUAACUUCUUGAAGAAGGACAAAGACCCGAGGAAGUCCAAAGAGGCCGAAUCAGGGAGAGGGACGGACGAUGAAGGAGGCAGAAGGACCUUGUCAAAGGCCUCGUUGUCCAACGGAGCCGCGGGAGGCAGGACCGCAGCGGACGAGGGAAAGUCCAAAAGCUCAGGCCGUCAGGCCGACGGGCUGGUGAACGGGAAGCCGGGACGCGCCGCGGGAGACAUCAAACGCUCCCAGAGCUCGUCCAACAUACCCACCAAAGCGGAGCAGAACAUGCGCAGGACUGCGUCCUUACAUCGUAACGGGACGUCUGCGGCUCCGUCGCGGAGCCUGGCCGCGGACAAACCGUCUUACGGCACCCUGCAGAGAAAUCGGUACAGCACAACCUCACUGGGCCGAAAGAGGACGGUCCCAGAGUCCAGCUUCUGAUGCACACAACGCCUUUUUAUCCGAACGGAGAGCAAAGGACUUCCACUAUCUUAGAUCAAAGCAAUAGCGCUCCGAGCAGACGGAUACGCCUUUUUCUUAAUGAAGUGACCGGAUUGGUUUGCACAAUACAUUUGAGGGAUGGAGCCCAUGAAGGGCUUGAGAGAAAUAUGAAACGAUGUGGCCUGUCCGGUCCGUGGACUUCGCGGCCAUCCGUUUUUUGUUUUGAAAUGACAAAAUAAAAAUAGAGAUAUAAUCCAAAAUAAUCAGUUUCCCAUCUUUUGUUUUGAUAAUAAAAAACGGAAAACGGAUCGUUAUCCAUUAUCCGUUAUCCGAUUUCAUUGAUGUGUUUGAAAAUCGAAAUUGGGAAUUAAAUCAGCG